UUUUCAUCUGCCAUACAACAACAAAAAUAACUCCCUCUCUCUCUCUCUCUCUCUCUCUCUCUCUCUCUCUCUAGAAGCUCACAGGAGUGAGAAGCAGCUGAGAAACUGCAACAUGGCGGACCCGUCGUUGUCUUUGGCCAUGUGGGCAUGGAUGCUCAGCUGGUUCACGCCCUCCUCGCUCUUCAUCCUCCUCAACCUCAUGAUCGGCAUCAUAGUCCUCAGCUCCCGCUAUGAGACCCACAAAAAACCUGAGCACCAACAACAACUGCAGCAGCAAGAAGAGCAACCCGGCCUGUUCAGCUCGCCUCAACUCGAACGAACCCCCUCACUCUUGGACCGGGUCCGGUCGAUAAACUUCUCCCACUACAAAUUCGAGCAACCGAAUCCUGAAACCCAUUACACGCCGCCACAACAUGCAGAUUUAGAUAAUUCGACCGGAUCAAACCGGACUCCCUCACCCCUACUCGAACGAACUCCCUCGCUAUUGGACCGGUUUCGGUCCAUCAACUUUUCCCACUACCAAUUUGAACAAUCCACCAGCCCAGAAGUCCAAUCCGGCGAAUCAGCAGCACAACAUCCUGGUUCGAGUCAGACAGACCGCAAUAGUCCGGUCGGGUUAGCUAGGACACCCUCGCUCUUGGAGCGGCUCAAGUCGAUGGAUUUCCCAUUCUACCGGCCCGCACAUGCGGACCCAGAGAAUAAAAUUCAUGAACCGGAAGCGUCCGAACAUGAGGCCCACGAUCCAAGUUCGAGUGAAGAAAACUUGGUUCAUCGGAAUAAGUCGAACUCGGGUAAUGGCGCUCGGGUAAACCAGCAUGAGAAGAUAAAAAAGUCGGCCAGCGAGAACUCGCGGCUCCGAGGAGGGGUUGAAGGAAACAACAACGAAACGGACAUUAGGCCAGCGACGCCGAGGGUGAAGAAAACGAGAUCGUUUGGAGGACACGAAGCAGUUGACGCGAAAGCUAACGAUUUCAUAAACAAGUUUAAGCAGCAGCUGAGACAGCAAAGAGUUCAAGCAGCAGCUGAGACUGCAGAGGCUCGAAUCAAUUAAAAAAAGUAGCCAAUAAUAAGGUAGUGUUUUUCCUUUUAAAAAAAAUAAAAAAUAAUUUAUAGGUUUUUUUUGUUGUCUGUGAGACUCUGAGUUUGUGAAUGUAAUGGUAUUUAUUCAGUUUUGUGGAUUAUUUUGGGUCAUGUGAAUUAAGGAUAAUGCUUGUGUCCCAUCGUCACUUGCUAUUAAUGAAUUUUUAUCGUUCAAAUAUUAUAAUUAGAACUGUUCGUAA